UCAUGCUGCUGCCAGGUCCAGAGUCUCUCAUGGGUCCCUGUACGGCCUCCCAUUGCUGCUGUCUCCAUCGCCACACUCUGCCAUGUGCCACUUUCAGGUCUCCUCACACACACUGCUGGGUUCCAUUUUGUCAUAGGGUGCUGGCAGAUUACGGGCCUCCCAUUGCUGCUGCCAGGCCUUAAUCUGCCAUGGGCCCCUGUACCGUACCGCUCCUCAUGCUGCUGCCAGGUCCACAGUGUCUCAUGGGUCCCUGAACCGCCUCCCAUUGCUGCUGUCUCCAUCGCCACACUCUGCCAUGUGCCACUUUCAGGUCUCCUCACACUGCUGGUGUGUUACAUUUUUUGUC